UACGUCCUGGUAUUUACCCUACAGUUCAUGUAUAUCACGAUUCCAAUUCACCCUAUAGUCUGUGAUACCGUUCGCAUCGACCACGAAGGUCCAGUCUACUUCUACAGGCAGUUACAAGACUUGUCUACGCGUGGAUAGAAGCGGACGGAGUCGGUCUGAUCCAGGCCUCUCUUCGUUCAUCCCCUACUCGAUCGCGCGACGUGCACCCCUUCGCGCGCGCAUCGUUUCCCAAGGUUCUGCGUCGGCAAGUGUGCUUGCCCGUCACGCGCAUGUUCGAGAACGUCACGAGCGAAAGACUGGCCGAAUUCGAACAAGUCCUAAGUCGAGCUAAAUCUAAUGCCUCAUUUUAAUAAUUAACUCGCAGCAUUCCCUCCCCGCAAAUUCUCAAUUUCACGUUAGUUCUCACGUACCGCAUUGAGAAUACGUUCCUCUUUACGAGAAAUGUGCUUACUCGGAAAAUGUGGUCCGACGUAGCAGCAGGAAGACGCUUUACAAAGUUUUAUGGAAUUAAAACCAUAGCGAGCUGAUACUUACGGACGUAUAAUCUUAAGAGGAUUGCUUCGAGGAUGCUAAAACGAUCGAGCCACAGGUGAUAUGGUGGAUGUUUGAACGCGGGUAAAGAUUGGGAUUUAAUCGAACGAUCAGCGGUGGACGGCUGCUGUCCUAUCCGGGUGCUCGUCAUGAAAAUUCGAGAGCAGCCGCGGAGUGACAAGUAGCUCUCGAUCGAGAACGUAUCGUGAUAUCUGAUAUGAUAGGGUAUGAUGUGACGCCACGGGCGUGCGUGUGGCACGGAUGCCAAGUUGAGGCCCUUCAAUGGAGAUCCUCGUCGGUUUCAACGGUUCGAGUAAUUUGCGUUUGGAUUCCUCAAUUCCAGAGAUUUUUUGCAUUUUUACAUAGUGAAAGGAGGACUAUAAAAAGCAUCGAGUCGCAUGUCAGAGUCACAAUUCGAUCUUACCAUCUCAGCUGGAGACACCACCAUGAACAACUCCGUGAUCUUUGUCUUAAUCGUUUCGACGAUCGUUGUUGGCAACGGAAAGAGCAUCGAGAAGCGUGGCACCUUAAGCUCGUCUUAUCGAUCGCAAUAUCUUCCACCGGCGGCACCUUCUUCCAUUUUUACCGGCGCCCCGUCUCCGACCUAUGCAGCUCCAGCUUUCGCCCCAGUUUCAUCUUUAACUGUCCCAUCGUCGGCUUACGGUGUUCCAGCUCCAGUUUCAUCUCCGAUACAAUCGGUGGCUGCUAUCUCGGCUGUACCAGCGCCAGCCUUCACCGUUCCAGCACUUCCGUCUUCGACUUACGGCGUCCCGGGUUCGUCGGUGGCGGGUUCGUCGGUGGCGGGUCCGUCUUACGCUCUACCCGCACCAGCCAGCAGCGUGUCGUUCGUGUCUCAACCAGGUUUCGUGAGCUCCACGUUCGGCAGCGGAGUCGCAAGCUCCGUUUCGCUAUCUAAUGUACCCAGCGAUUCGUAUGGAGUUCCGAGUCCAAUCGCUGGCCCUCCGAGCCGAGUUCAGCUAAGUCUUCCGAGCGUCGGCUAUGCCAAUGGCAACGGAGCUUUGCUGGGUCAGUUCAGUUUGCCGAGCAAGAGCUAUGGUGUACCGAGUACGGUCCAGGUUGGAUCUGGGAUUUCGUCCACUUUGUUGGCCAGCCAAGGCGAUGGAUACUCGUACCCGGUACCGUCGAGGAAGCUCGUUAUUUAAAUUAAUCCAGGCGACGCGACCAGCGUCGAUUGACAGAUUUUUGUACAUUGA